AUGGGCAGCCGGAUCAUGAAGCACGUCACGCAAGCUCUGGGCAAAGUUCAUUUGCCCUUGGGAGGCAUCCUCCCGACCAAGGGCACGGCCAAGGCUGGCGGUGGGCGGGGCACACAUCUCGAUCCAGACCGUAAUCCUCCCCGUGCUGCUCGUCAAGACCUGGCAAUGCCCGCAACUCCAAGCAACAGCUCCAAAACCAAGUUCCAAAUAGCGCUCGAAGUUGCCGGUGACGAGGUCAAGUUGAAGGGGGCCAUCAACGCAUUUCGAGAGGGCUUCUACGCAAAGUCCAACCAAGCACCGCACACGAGGCGAAGACAAGAUGCUCUUCUGUUGGCAGAGAAGGUGGCGAAAGGCCCUCCGUUUCCCCUCAGCGUGGACACCAUCCAUGGCUUCUCGGCGGCACUCAAAGUUGCUGGCUUUAAGUCGGCAAAGUCCUACUUGACGGAGCUCAAGAUGAUUCAGCUCGAGUUGGACAUGGACAUCUCCACUGCGGCGAGGCGCGCUCUAGAGCUCGCCAAAAGGUCAUUGAACCGCAACGCCGGGCCGGCCCGGAGAGCGCCGGAAGCCCAGCUAGAGGACUUCGAUGCCAAGGGGAAGUCCAGGGAGCUUGUUCCGAACGAAGUGGCCUUCCCCUACCUCACCUACGCCCUGGCCCUUGUCUUCAUGCUAAGAGGCAUAGAGUUGGAGGAGCUCACCUGGGAGGAUGUGUUCUUCGGCGCUCAAAACGAGUUGGUCUCCCUGUUCAUCAAGUCGAGCAAGGUCGACCAAAGAGCACAAGGGGCAACGAGAACUCUAGGCUGCACUUGCAAGAGCCGCAAAUCCAGGUGCCCUGUCGAGCUGAUAAAGAAGCUGAAGAUGAAGCAUGAGCUACAAUGGCCGGGCUCCACCGCAACAAACACGCCUGUGCUGCGAGACUCAGAGGGAAGGAAGCCAUCAAAGGCCACGCUGGCUCAGUCGUGGUCCAACUCGCUGGGCAAAGACGUGCAAGGCCACUCACCUCGCCGCAGCGGGGCAAUGCUCUACGCGACCAAGGGGAUGAGUGUGGCAGAGAUCGCUUUCUUAGGCCGUUGGAACUCCGGCGUGGUGUACAUCUACGCGGAGGAAGCUCUGAGCCGACUUCCUGCAAACCAGGCCGGGACGCUUCCUUGCAGAAAGCGGCGCCGCCAAGCUAUCCGCCCAACCACCGGUCUCAGCAACAACGCUGUCGCCCAAGUGGGUCUUCAGUCAUGGACGUUCUAA